UAUCAUGAAUCAGGGUGGCAGAUGACAGAAGGAUAAGUGCAUCUUGGAAAGAAUGUGUCGAUGCCAAAUAUGGAAGUUCCCAGCGACGAGCCGACGCAGUAUGACACACCACACCACACCACCUCACCUCACCUCACCUCAUGGCUCUGUCACACUCCGGAUCCAAGUGCGAACAUGAGUUUCAAUCCCGUCUACACGCAAACCCACCCUGCCGUCUCUGUUAUUGAACUUAUUUCCAAAUGACACCUCCAUCUACCCCAAAAACCCACCUACCAUACCCCAGCUACCCAUACUCCAUAAACCCCCAAAAAGCUAAAAGAUGUCCGCACCAACCUCGACAAGGGUGAAUCCCCCGCAGACUUCCCUGGUGAUCAUGUCUCGAGAGGGCUGUAGCAGCAUUCCAUCGGCCACCUCCAAAAGCCCAGCGGAACCCAGCCAAAAGAUCCCCAAGCGGCUGCUGCGAUACCAGCCCCUCAGCGCCGACGAUCAUACCGUCCAAUAUCUGGGCGCGUUCUUGACGUACUUGCCUCCGGACGGCCGGGUGAACCUGGCGGCUGACAUCGAUCUGAUUGCCGAUGACGAGGACGAAGGACUCCACCGGCUUGUUCAGCGUCUGGAUGUAGGCUUACUCCGUCCGAUGGUCGCGGCCGGCGGGUUGAUCCCUGUGCCUAACGUUCGUUUGCCUCGGUGGCGAGGCGGGUCUGGUUUUGAGGGCGACGACGACGGGGACAACGCAGGCGAGACGCUAUGCAGUGAGGAUAUCAAUCCGGGCGUUGCGCGCGCACAACUUUCAUCGAGAAAACACUGUCUUUCCCGAGACGGUCCUCGCUGCGUCAUCAGCGGAGAUUGGGGUUGCGGGCUUAAUGGUAUCGAUAUUCCGCCUGGAACGAAUAUCUCCGACGUGGAAGCCGCGCAUAUCCUACCCUUGGCACUGGGUGUUGAUGCCUUCGAUCGGCGCUACCAAGACGAUGAUCGAAGACGCAGGUCGACGGUAUGGACGAACCUAUAUAGGUAUUUCCCAACCCUCAAGUCCGGAUUAGACUUCGGCCCGGAAAGUAUCAAUGACGAGAGGAACGUGAUGAUGGUGACCCGCGCCAUCCAUUAUGAGAUGGGGCGGUAUAAGAUCAUUCUCGAAGAAAUGGAAACGGAGAUAAAACAACAACACCAGCCCCAACAUCGGUAUACUAUAAAAGCAUUAAAGGGUUGCAGAUCGACAACUAAGGACAUGUUGCCCGCGGAUGGAGUCGUGGCUUUCACAACGCAACCUGAUACCAGAUACGCCCGUCCAGACCCUUAUCUCAUCAAGGUCCAUGCGGCGAUCGGGAAUAUAUUGCACGUCACGGAGGUUGGCCAGAGACUUCAACCCUGGAGGAAUGAGAUGGCACACGCGCGCAGUCUUCGCCGCGACGGCAGAGGCAGGACCAGACUCGAAGAAAUGCUUUCGGUCAGCAAGCUUGCGCUGCUUGCUUCAAGUGAGGUAAAUGUAAGUCUUGCUUCCCGACCCCGAAAAAUACUUCACUAUAUCUUUCGGUAUGGUCGUUGACUGUUCUUAGGCAUUAGACACCGGUGUCGAGCCAGUUCAUCACCGGACAUGGAAUAAGUAUACGGUACUCGAAUACAAGCCUUAGAACCCC